GUAACGUUGUAAGCAGCCACGUACGCAGAGCAACUUUCCCAGUGCAGAGCCUAGGUGAGGGGUAGCUUUGUGUCCGACUCACAGGUUGUACAAGUAACGCCAGAGCUUCAAUUGAAAAGCAGACUAAGACGCAGCAUUCACAUCUACAGAACCUUCAUCUAACCCUACAAUGGCAUCCCAACCGACCACGACCGCCAACAUUGCUGAUUCGCCAGGCCGACGCCUUUACAAUGGCUCCUGCCACUGCGGCUACACACGCUACCGCUGCCUCCUGACCUUUCCACCCCCUGCGGUGCACCCAAACGUCGAUCCCUCAAUCACCACCAGGAUCAGGAAGUGCAAUUGUACCAGCUGUCAUAAAACAAACUUCUUCCACGUGCGGCCGCAGUCCUCACCAGACGACUUCGUGCUGCUGGCGCCCACCAAUCCGUUCGAUGACCCUGCGGACGGUGGCCUAGCCGACUACCAGUGCUUCGCGAAGUUCACACACUGGUUCUUCUGCCCAAAGUGCGGAGUCCGAUGUUUCACAUUCGGUGGGGACAGCGAGGUGGCGGAGGUAGACCUGGGGGAGUGGGCUGGAGGGCAGAAAGAGGGGAAGUUGACAAAGGUGUGGCGUGCGAAGAAGGAGGGCUGGAUUGAGAAGGGCGACACCAGCUAUCUGAGCAUCAAUGCAACGACCCUGGAGGCUCGGCAGGAGGGGCUUGAUCUGCGGGAGUGGCACGAGAAGGGAUGGAUUGUGUAUUUGGACAUGCUUGAUGAAAAGGAAGAGAACAAGAUGACCCACCACCGCCAUGCCUUCCGAACCCAAACCAAAGCCCCACCCACUCGACGUCCUCGAAGACGGCGGCCUCUACAUCCUCCUCUUCAACCGCGCCUCACCCCCGAAGCCUUCAACUUCCACUGGGCCCUCUACCUGCACAAGAACAAAGACACCGGCGGCACCAAAUACCACAUCACCGGCAGCGCUGGCAAGUGGCUAGCGGCGCAUCAAGACACCCGCGGCAUCUUUCACGAAACCUUUCUCGUUGGGCUGUUCCAAAUCGCGACCAUCACCGGCUCCACUGCUUGCGAGCGCCUCGAUAAGACGAUGCGUCAGUUCGAUGAUGGACUGAAUGACCUGGAUGUUAACUGCCGCACUUGGCUUCUGAAGGUGCUGGGGGUGCUUGCGGGAGAGGUGGAUGGAAAGAGGGUGCUCAAGUGCGAUGAUGUGGAUGCCUUGGAGAGGGAGGUGAUGGAGUUUGGGAACAAGAAUAUGGAAAGUGCGGACUUGGCUAUGCAGCCGAGGCCGUUUGAGGCGUCGAAGAUUUGUGGAGGGGUGUGA